AUGCGAGAGCAAGGUUGGGCAGGCGGCAAGUACCUUAUCGAUGGCUUUCCCAGGAGCUUCGACAAUUUGGCAGCUUGGGAGCAAAUGGCUGGAGACCAGGUGUUGGUCAAGUUCGUGCUCUACCUGGAUGUUUGUCAGCAGGUCAUGGAGGCUCGGCUUCUGGAGCGGGGGAAGACAAGCGGCCGCGCUGAUGACAACAUCGAGUCCAUCCGAAAAAGGUUUCUUACCUUUCACCAGGAGUCGAGGCCGGUUGUGGAGAAAUUCCAAGCAGAUGGGCGUGUCAUCAGGAUAGAUGCCGAACAGCACCGUGAUGAUGUGUGGCGAGAUGUGCAGGCACUCUUUGGGCCAAGCGUCGUGUUCGUGCUCGGUGGCCCUGGCUCCGGAAAGGGCACGCAGUGCACAAAGAUAGCCGAAAGCUUUGGCUACACCCACCUCAGCGCAGGGGACCUGCUUCGAGAGGAGCGGUCGCGCGAAGGCUCCGAGUACGGUGAAUUGAUCAACUCUUACAUCAAGGAUGGCAAGUUGGUUCCAGUGGAGAUUACCAUCAAGCUUCUUAAGCAGGCCAUGAUGAAGUUUGGCUGGGAGGGUGGAAGGUACUUGAUUGACGGAUUUCCACGCAGCUUCGACAACCUUGGCGGCUGGGAGACGGUUAUAGGCAACUCUGUGCGAGUGAAGUUCGUGCUUUUCUUUGAUGCUUCAGAGGAGACAAUGCAGGUACGGCUCAUGGAGCGUGGAAAAACCAGUGGCAGAGCCGACGAUAACUUAGAGUCAAUCAAGAAGCGCUUCGUGACCUUCCAACAAGAGUCGAUGCCUGUGGUGGAGCACUACCGUCUGCAGGGCUUGGUGCGGCGCAUCGACGCAGAGCAGGAUUCCGAGAAGGUCUGGAGCGACGUGCAGAGGAAUUUUGGUCCGCAAGUGAUCUUCGUGCUCGGAGGUCCAGGUGCGGGUAAAGGCACACAGUGCGCUCGCAUCGCAGCAAACUUCGGCUUCCAGCACCUCUCGGCUGGAGACCUGCUGCGCGAGGAGAGAAAAAGACCAGGAUCAGAACUCGGCGAGUUGAUUGAGAGCCACAUCAAGGAGGGCAAGCUUGUGCCAGUGUCAGUUGUGGUUCGUCUCCUGCAGAAAGCCAUGGAAGAACGAGGUUGGGAAGAUGGCAAGUACCUCAUCGAUGGCUUCCCGAGGAGCAAUGAGAACAUGCAGGGCUGGAAUGACAUGAUCGGCUCGAAGGUAGAUGUGAGGUUCUGCUUGUUCUUCGAUUGCUCCGAAGCAGUGAUGGAGGCCCGACUGCUUGAGCGGGGCAAAACAAGUGGUCGGUCCGAUGACAAUUUAGAGUCUAUCAAAAAGCGUUUUGCCACCUACACACAGGAGUCGCUUCCCGUGGUCGAAAGCUUUAGCAGGGAAGGGGCCAUGCGCAGGAUCAAUGCCGAGCAAGGCCUUGAUGAGGUGUGGAGCUGUGUCCAGGAGGUCAUGCACAACGAGCAGGAUGGGCAUCUGUUGAACCAGGCCCUUGUGCUCAUCAAGCCGUCCUCCUUCAACAAGGAUACGCAGCGCUUCGUACAAUCCUUCUUCACGACACACAAGAUUUCCAUCGUCGAGAAGGGCGUCGUUGCUGCCAAGGACAUUGCCGAGAAGAACAUGUUCGACAAGCAGGCGAACCAGAACAUGUCAAAAUGCUGGCUGGCAAUGCCCGCUGGACUGGUAGAGCUGUCGUCUCAUGCCCUGCAUAGCUGCGGCGUUUGCGAGGCGCGGAGGAUCUGUGGUUCAGCCAAAGGAAACGGAACGAUCCGAAGCAACCAGGCGUUGCUUUUGCUGCUGCCGCACCGCUUGGCGCCGAGGUCUGUGGCCUUUGCGCUGCUUGCCAGCGCAUGCCUUUGGCUGCUCUAUGGCCAGCUGAGCUUCGUGAACUCGCCCGCCACGAAGCGCGAGAUCAACGUGGUCCGGUACGAUGAGAUGCCCGCAGAAAGGCCAGGCUACUACCCGGUGGGCAACGCCAAGCGAACAGCACCUUACGGUGAACGCGACCCCCUCCCAGAAGGCUACGGCAUCCGCACUGGUCUGUCGGACCUGCUGAAGCCACUGAACGCGGAGGCUGGUGUGGUUGCCAAGGAGGACAGCAUUCCGACCGUCCUCGUGAUGGUGUUUGGAAUCGUGAUGCUCUUCCUCUUCUACUUGCUGCUGUUGCUCCUCGACAACCAGUCUGUGCUGCUGCCUCCCGAGGAUGAGUUCGACGAGUACGUGGCCAACUUCCUCCCGUACUUCUUCUUCGGCGAGAAGUGA